AUCAUCGUCUUUGUCCGGCUCGCGUGCCUUACGUUUGGAGAGUAGCAACUGCUAAUGCAACAUGUGCGAUGGAGCAGUGUUGUAUUUCUCUGAAAUGUUUUGCACUGUACUCGUGAGGACUUUUACUUUUGAAGUACACUUUUAGAGAAGGGGUAAAUAGAUCUGAGACAGUAAGGGUGGGAAUUCAUCCGAGGGGAAAGUCGUAUCAGACUCGAAAUGUACACCGUGUUCCCUUCUGCGCAUAUGUCAGCCGUGAUGUAAAGGUGCUGGUGUUGGACUAGGGUGUACAAAGUCAGACGUCGCAAGCUUUCAAAGCGCUGCUCCUUCGUUUUCACCUGAAGAAGGAGCCGCACUCCAAAACCUUAUGACUUCAGAUAAACCUGUUGGACCAUAACCUAGUAUUGUGGGACUUCUGACUUUGUCGACAAAUUUCUUCAGCACUUUGUUUUACUUUCAGAUUGCCAGCAUCUGGAGUAUUUUGCUUUUAUUUUAGUAGAAUCUUCGGCCUUUUCUUUUGCCUUAUCCAAGUUUCACUAUACCAGAAUUAGGUUUUAUUGUCAUGUAUAUUCAAGUACAAAUGUAUAGAAAAAGUGUACGAUGUUACCACACAAUGCCAUCUUAGGUACAAAGUACCUAGUUCCAAAGUUUAAAUAUUAACAUAGGUUAGCUACAAAAUAGACAAAGUUCUACAUUUCAGUUUUUCAUAGUAUAAACAUGGAAAAUAAAGAAAAAUUCUGUGGUAAACAUUUUAGUCCUCUAUAACCUGCAUUUAUUCCACACUGGGGGCUUUCCACACGUGUGUCAUACUCUCAUUUAUGCUAGGCUGCCAUCGGUGACAGUUUGACCUGGCUAGGCCCCUGACUGCCAGCUGCCCUGUUCCAAGCCCUCAGUCCGAUCGCUGUCCUAUUCCUGUCGAUUGUCCUUCUCUGCCCUGGUCUGAUGAUCUUCCCGAUCUGGGCCCUCAGCUGCUGCAAUACUGUUACCACUGGUCUCUCUUCAUGGCAUUGAGAACAGGGUUGAUCUACAAUGAACAGAUGAAGAACUACAGCCUGCUGUGGGAUUUCCCAGUUUGCAGUAUCGAAAAACCAGAGCGACUGUCUGCUUCUCAUGAGAAACUGAAGUACUAUGGUCUUGUGGAAAGAUGCAUCCCACUAACUGUUCGAGAAGCUAUCGAAGAGGAAAUUUUGUUGGUUCACAGCUUGGAUUACUUAGAAGCUGUGAAAUCUACUGUAUCAAUGAAUAUUGAAGAGCUGAAGGCAUUUUCCUGUAAUUAUGAUGAUGUAUAUUUUCAUCCUAAUUCUUACCACUGUGCCAAAGUAGCUCUGGGAGCAACUCUGCAACUUGUUGAUGCAGCUCUGUUGGGUAAAGUAAGAAACGGGAUGGCAUUGGUCAGACCUCCAGGUCAUCAUAGCCACAAGAGUGAAGCCUGUGGAUUUUGUAUCUUUAAUAAUGUAGCAAUAGCAGCCAAGUAUGCGAAAAGAAAACAUGGAGCAAAGAGAAUUCUCAUUGUUGAUUGGGAUGUGCAUCAUGGCCAAGGAACUCAGUACACGUUUGAGGAGGAUCCCACUGUUUUGUACUUCUCAUGGCAUCGUUACGAAAACCAGCAGUUCUGGCCCAAUUUAAGGGACUCUGACUACAAUGCAAUUGGAAAAGGCAAAGGGGCCGGAUUCAAUGUAAACAUUCCAUGGAAUAAGGCAGGAAUGGAAAAUGCUGAUUAUCUGGCAGCUUUCUUCUACGUUUUACUUCCUAUAGCUUAUGAGUUUAAUCCAGAAUUGAUUCUGGUUUCAGCUGGAUAUGAUACUGCAAUCGGAGAUCCUGAGGGUGAAAUGUGUGCUACACCUGAGUGUUUUGCUCAUCUGACACAAUUGCUGAUGCCACUAGCUAAUGGGAAACUCUGUGUUGUGUUAGAGGGAGGAUACAAUUUACGUUCCCUUUCAGAAUCUGUCUGUAUGACCGUCCGAGCAUUACUGGGAGACCCUGUGCCUCCCCUGGUUGGGGAAAUUGUGCCAUGCAUAAGUGCCAUAGAGUCUAUUCAAAAUGUGAAAGCUGUGCACCAGCCAUACUGGAAGUUUUUAAAAUAUCAAGAUGUACUCAUUAAUGAGACACAACCUAAAAAACAGAACAUUGGUUUUGAAGGAGGUGAUCCUGAAUCAAGUACGGUUACAAGUAAAGAAGAGAAGAAAGUUCCUACAGACUCUGACGUGAGUAAAGACUUUGAGGAGUUCAUGGAUUCCCACAUGAAGAAGGUUCUACUAUUAGCCCCGGCUAUAAGAACUGCUUUGGCUGGUUGUGGAGAAAAGCUAAACAAAUUGGAUCAAUGCCUUCAAGUAGAAGAGAGAAAAAUCACCAUAGAAGAAGCUGAAAUUCUCUGCAGUGGUGGUGGUGGUGACUGUGUAUUUCCAAUGCUUGAAGAUCUUUUACUGUCCCUAGGAAAAAUAUUUCCACUGAUUGAUAAAAUCAUGAAAAGGGAGGUUAGAAAUGGUAUUGUGGUAUGUUCCACACAGUCAUCUGGUGUAUCUGCAGCACGUUAUGCUCUCAGAAGUGGAGCUAGCAGAGUUUUGCUUCUGCUGCUUGGAGAAGCGGAUAUUCCAAUUGAUGUUAAAGAGGAUGAAAAAGUUCUUGUGCUACACAUGUAUAGUAAACAGGAUGAGAAGAAGCUAAGCAAGUACUACAUUCCAGUCUGCUGGAAGGAGGAUAAUAAAUGGGAUGGGGAUCUUCUUUAUUCAGUCUUUGAGAUUAUUCUACCCUUGGCAUAUGGAUACAGACCUGAACUGGUGAUCUUAGUAGUGGGAUCUAACAUUGGAAUUCAAGCAAUUACAAUAGCUCACAUGACACAUUUACUCCAAGUUCUUGCUCAGGGUCGAAUCCUUGUAAUAAGCCAGGCUUCUGACCUUGUGGAGACUUUGCUGAGUUCUUUAAUCGGUGAUGCAUUAUCUGCAGUGAGUUCUUUUGAUCUGAAACAAGAAAACACCCAAGUAUUGGUAAAACUUAGACAAGAAUUGAAGAAACAUUGGUGGUUGCUUUAGAGCAGAGGAGCCCUAAGGGAUUCGUAUCCAUUGACACUCUUCUUAUCUAACCUAGGCAGUGAACGUAAACGCACUAUUCAACUGGGGCAAUAUUGCAUCUGCUUCAAUCAAAGCACUCGACACAUGAUUAUAAAUUGAGCCCCUAGCCUUUUUCUUUACUGUUAAACUUGGAGAGACAAUUGUGGUGCCAUCUUAACCGAAGUCAUCAAACUUUGAAUAGGCCAGAUAAAUAACGUGAACCAUUCCUGAGUCACUGUUUACACGUUUCAUUUUUGUAAUGUAUUAUGCAUUGACUCAUUGCAAAAGUCCAAUUUGAUAUUCUCAUGAACUAAUAUUGGGUUUGUGACUUCAGUUGUGCUUUUAUCAGCUGACUCAAAAUUGAGACUGUGUACAACUUUCAUAUGUUGUAAUUCUUACAUUUUCCAAAAUGCAUUAAAUUAGACAUUUGGGUUUGUUUUUUGAAGUUGGACCUUGGAAUAACCUGAAUCCAUAUUUUGUGGGCACUAUUGGCAUUGCAUACAUCGGCAGUUGUGUUGUUACAUAUGAAUUCAAAUACUCUGCUGGAGAUUGUUGAAAUACAAGUUGUUCUUGUACAGAAACUGGUCAGUAUGCAAAAUAAUAAACUUUAUAUUCAUCUGCUGAUCUUAAUAACAGCUUGUUUAAUUCGCACGGGGACAGACUUUUUGGACAAUGGAAAAAUGCUAGUGAUUUGUUUGGGAUGAGCAUUGCACAGAAUUAAUCAAAGACUGAUGAAGUUGAAAAGGAAAGUGCAAAUAUCUUUUUUAUUAAAUACCCAGAUUUAAUGCUGUACAUUAAACUACUAUAACAGUGGCUUUCAAGCCCUAUAAUUAUAUUGAAAAUUAGACUUCUAUACUGUAAAGUGCUUCUGCACACAUUGUGUUGUCAUGUUAUGCUUUGGAAAAAUUAACAGAUGGCAGUUGCUUGAUAAUUUGCACUUCAAAAUGUUCAAAUAGUUUUUUUUAUUUGUAUCACUGGACUGUUGUAGAUUGCCUAACAUUAAAUUAAU